AUGUCUUCCAUGUCUUAUAAUUCAGUGUACACACCGGCCGCUAUGUUCAGACAGCCUUUCACCUCACCCUCCUCCCUUCACGCCAAUGGUACAACGACGAGCGCUACGAGUAGCAGUCCUUACUAUCAUCACCCCCAAAUACCCAUGAACGACCACCAACAGCAGAUGGUAUCCCAUCCCCUUCAACAAGCUUCAUCGCAAUCGACCGCCGCGUCGGCUGCUCAGCAGUGGCCUUCGGCGGAUAAACGAGAUUUCAAUAAUAUUUUUCAGCCCGGAUCCAGUAAUAAUUCGGUCAGCUUUCCAUUUGCCUCCAGCUAUCAGUCGACGAAUGGUUAG